AUGAGGUCGAUCCUCGGUGCAUUUCUUAUAGCCGUCAUUGCUUUUGCAGACGAUAAGUCAUUCUGUGAAAAGAAAUGUGGUGAAAAAUAUACAGAUGAAGAAUUACGUAACGCUUGCGUUGUCGGUUGCGGCGGUCGCGCAUCGAUCUCGGAGGGUCCGUUUUCAUUCGUUGACUGUUAUAGAAAUUGCGACAACAAGUUUAGUAAGGGUAAUGAAACUAAGGAAGUAUCAGAGACGCAUGCUGCCUGCUCCUAUGCAUGCUCUCUCCCUGUGAGCAGAAGCGUUUUUAUGUCUGUGAACUACGCCAAUGGGGAGAAGCCAGUCGUGAAAAUAGUCCGCAAAGAAGGCGAUGAAGUGAGCACUUCCAUCGAUCGUGCACCACUCACUGGCGAUGUUGAUGUGGAUCGUUUCGUUGCGAAUAUCCUCGGAGAUAUGAACAGUCAUCUUCUUUCAUUCCGCAAUCCCUUCAAUCCUUCUCCUUCCCAGGAUAUCAAUACUUCUCGUGACAUGAUGAUGGGCCCCCAUCAUGGUCAGAUGAUGGCUGUGCACGACCGAAUGAACGAAAUGUUAGCGGCUUUCUCGAGACAAUUCUUCGAUGGGAUUCGACGUCAGAUGCACCGUCAACACCACCUCGCUAUGCAUAGACCAGCUGGUCACGAAAACAUUGCUCAUAUGGGUCCUGAGAUUGGGAACAUGAUGUCGAAUGGAGACCCUAUAAUCAUCACUCAUCCUCUAUCUGGAUUUGAAGAAGAUGAGGCGAAAGUACGACCAAUUAAAGUUGUACGCUACCAAAUGACAACGAACCACCCGCCAUCAGUGUUCUACUGGAUCAUGAUCGUGUUUGGAAUUGGAGCACUACUCUUAACGCUUUACGCAUCUGUUAUCUUUUUCCGCGUAAUGCGCUCUGCAGCGUACAGAAGGAUUUCGGGUGAUGCACCAGGAAGACGCCCGGCGGCACCACCUGCCCCAGGUGCGAUUCCAGUUAAGAAGGUACCUCUGGACGGCUGGGUAGAACACAGCGAGCCAGCCGGAGUUCCACCGCCUGCUUACGAUCAGAUGGGGCAGCACGCAUCUGUUAUCUUUUUCCGCGUAAUGCGCUCUGCAGCGUACAGAAGGAUUUCGGGUGAUGCACCAGGAAGACGCCCGGCGGCACCACCUGCCCCAGGUGCGAUUCCAGUUAAGAAGGUACCUCUGGACGGCUGGGUAGAACACAGCGAGCCAGCCGGAGUUCCACCGCCUGCUUACGAUCAGGUCUCUAUCCAUUCCAUUCACAAGCAGAAAAUUCCCGAUCCGGCGGAGCAACCACUGAGCGAAGCGGGAACAAUUUCCCCGAAUGCUAGUAAUGAGCAAAAAUAA